AUGCAACUGUCCGUCCGCCUCCUUCUCUACGUUGUAGUCUGUGCAAACUUUUGCAGCCGUCAGGGCACCACUGCCCAGAGCGGAUCUAUAAAAGCCUUGCGAUCCUCUAAUCUCAGGCGAGAUGAGAGCAAUCACCUCACAGACUUGUACCGAAAAGAAGAGACCAUCAGUGUCGGAGGAAAUGGCUGCAUCCACAGUCCCCGCUUCCCGAGUAGCUACCCCAGGAACCUGUUACUGACAUGGCGGCUGCUCUCGACAGAGAAUACAAGGAUACAGUUGGCCUUUGAUAAUCAGUUUGGAUUGGAGGAGCCAGAAAAUGAUAUCUGCAGGUAUGACUUCGUGGAGGUGGAAGAUCUAUCUGAAACUAGCACAGUUAUCCGAGGACGGUGGUGUGGUCACAAGGAAAUUCCUCCAAGAAUAACAUCCAAAACAAACCAAAUAAAGAUAACCUUCAAAUCCGAUGACUAUUUUGUGGCUAAACCUGGAUUCAAGAUUUAUUAUUCCCUUGUGGAUGAUUUCCAGCCUGCAGCAUCAGAAACCAACUGGGAGUCAGUCACAAGCUCUGUCUCAGGGGUAUCCUAUCCCUCUCCAUCAGUGACCGACCCUACCCUCACUGCGGAAGCAUUAGACCAGACCAUCGCUGGAUUUGACACCGUGGAGGAGCUGCUCAAGCACUUUAAUCCAGAGUCGUGGCAGGAAGAUCUCGAAAAUCUGUACACAGACACCGGACAUCAUUAUCGAGGCAGGAGCUACCGUGACAGAAAGUCCAAAGUUGACCUGGACAGAUUGAAUGAUGAUGUGAAACGUUACAGCUGCACUCCAAGGAACUACUCUGUCAAUUUAAGGGAGGAACUGAAGCUGACAAAUGUAGUUUUCUUUCCCCGCUGCUUCCUGGUCCAGCGCUGUGGGGGGAAUUGUGGCUGUGGAACAGUGAACUGGAGAUCCUGCACGUGCACGGCAGGGAAAACAGUGAAAAAAUAUCAUGAGGUGCUGAAAUUCAUCCCUGAGUCAGGCCAUCCCAGGAGGAAGGGCAGAACCAAGAACAACAUGGCCCUAGUGGAUAUUCAACUAGAGCAUCAUGAGCGCUGUGAUUGUGUCUGCAGUUCAAGACCACCCCGAUAA